GCGUGGAAGGCGGAGCCUCUGUUUCUGGAUUCUUCGUCCACAGCCACACGUGACGCGCUGGAGUCGCUGGAUCAGUGAGCACGGACUAUGGAGCUGAAGAUGCGGUUAUGUGUGGCGCUGCUCUCUCUGAGUCUGUGUCUGGGCCUCAUGGGUCAUGUGAGGGCACAGGAGGAGGCCGAUGACAUGGAGAUGAACGUGGAAGAUGCCAUCGAUGACAUGCAAGAGGAAGAUGUUGAGGAAGAGGAACAGCAAGCCCCCACUUCCCCGCCAGUGCCCACGGUGACAUAUAAAGCUCCAGAGCCGAUGGGAGAGCACUACUUUGCCGAGUCAUUUGAUAAAGAAACACUUCAUGGAUGGGUUUUAUCCCAGGCCAAGAAAGAUGGCAUCGAUGAGGAAAUUGCAAAGUAUGAUGGUAAAUGGGAGGUUGAGGAGAUGAAGGACACUAAACUCCCGGGUGAUAAAGGGCUGGUGUUGAAAUCUAAAGCUAAGCAUCACGCCAUAUCUGCUCUCCUACUGCGACCUUUCACCUUUGACACCAAACCUCUCAUCGUCCAGUAUGAGGUGAACUUCCAGACUGGCAUUGACUGUGGCGGCGCUUAUGUUAAACUGCUGUCUCAAACCCCUGAUCUUGACUUGGAGGAGUUUGUGGAUAAGACGCCGUAUACCAUCAUGUAUGGGCCUGAUAAGUGUGGUGAGGAUUACAAACUGCACUUCAUCUUUAGACACAAGAACCCAAAAACCGGCGAGUUUGAGGAGAAGCAUGCUAAGAAGCCUGACGCUGACCUCCGCUCAUACUACACCGACAAGAAGACUCACCUCUACACACUGGUGCUGAACCCGGAUAACAGUUUUGAGAUCUUGAUCGACCAGGCGGUGGUGAACAGCGGCAGUCUCUUGAAUGAUAUGACUCCCCCCAUCAACCCCCCGGCCGAGAUCGAGGACCCCGAUGACCACAAACCAGAGGACUGGGAUGAGAGACCCAAGAUCCAGGAUCCAGAUGCUGUCAAACCUGAGGACUGGUGCCAGGGAGUGUGGAAGCCCAGGAAGAUCCCUAACCCAGACUUCUUUGAGGACCUGCACCCGUUCCGUAUGACUCCAAUCAGCGCCGUCGGUCUGGAGCUCUGGUCCAUGUCUUCUGAUAUCUUCUUUGACAACUUCUUCAUUACCUCUGAUCGUAAUGUGGCAGAGCGAUGGGCGGCUGAUGGCUGGGGUCUGAAGAAAGCAGCUGAGGGAGCCGCAGAGCCCAGUCUGGUGAAUCAGAUGAUAACAGCUGCUGAAGAGAGACCCUGGCUCUGGAUCGUCUACGUCUUGACUGUGGCUCUGCCUCUGGUGCUCAUCAUUGUCUUCUGCUGCACCGGAAAGAAGAGCUCAGCGUCCACAUCUGCUGCUGAGUACAAGAAGACAGACGCGCCACAGCCAGAUGUGAAGGAGGAAGCCGAGGAAGAGGAAGAGGAAGAGGAAGCCAAGGAAGACUUUGAGGAAGCCAAGGAAGAGGAAUCAGAAGCAAAGAAGAGUGAAGAAGAGGACUCCACAGGAGAAGCAGAGGAGGCCGCAGAGAACGACAACAAAGACGACAGUACAUCCAAUGAGAAAUCAGAGGACGACAUUCUGAGAAGGUCUCCCAGAAACAGGAAACCGAGAAAGGACUAAUGGACUUCCUGAAUCUAUAUAUCCCAACAUCCCUCUCCUCCCGCUCGCGGUCCUGCUCCAUCUUUCCUCCCCUCACUCCCACGUCCCCUCCUUCCCCGCUCUUCUUCUCCAUCCCUGCCGCCGUGAUGACGGUCAGAGCGAAACAGUGCGGUCUGCCACUCGACCAGCAGCCAAACGAACGCCUCCUCAAGCGGCCUUGAGGAUGUCGAUGGUUACCACAGUGAUGACGACGCUCAAAUAGCGUAGAAAGUUUCUCCGUAACUAAAAAUGAAACACAAUCUUUGUUACCAUUCCUGAACUGUGCAUCCGACGAUCACGUAAAGAUCCCGUUCCUACUUUCAGCUGUCACGCAAACACACACACACACACACACUUCCAGACAGUGUUCCUGAAGCCUAACACAUGACCACAGUAUGGCACACUUGGUAUUGUAAGGUUUACAGGCCAACAGCUUUAUUCCUUUGUUCUAGAAUUACUCAAGAAGCCAUAGGCGAUUGAUGGGAUAUAUUCAUUAUAAACUAGAAAACCGGCCAACUGGAUAUACACUAGGUUUUAACGUAUAAAUGAGAUGUUUUCAUUAUUUUCUAUUCCAUGAGGUUCAUCAUUUUGUCGUGGCGUCCAUUAAAAGGCCAAACCGUGACCUUAACGCAGCCAGAUGUGGUGCACGUGCUCAGUAAGGUGUCCAGGGAGAAUGCCAGG